AUGGGCGGCCAGUGCGUCGGCGCCGACUGCUUGACUGGUCGUGCUCUUGAGCUGUGGGUAGGAUGGCAGAAGCAUCUUCUACGCGAAGAAGGGCCGCCUGACGGACCUCGACUUCGACCUUUCUCCGAUCCGAAAUUAGUGCAUUGCAAGAAGACGUACGCUCGCUUCAUUGGGGAGCUGCUCGUCAGGGGCCUGAUCGACCUUGGCGAGCGGACCGAGGCUACGGUGGGCAUCUUCUUUGUUUUCAAGAGCGACAAGCGGUCCCUCCGCAUGAUUGCGGACACGCGGGUGGCGAACAUGCGGUUUCGUCUUCCCGCGCACUCGGAGCUCCCGACUGCGGGUGCUUGGAGCAGCUUGGCCGUGCCUAAGGGGAAGUCCCUCCAUUUGGCCCAGAUGGACGUGGACAACGCGUUCUACAGGAUCGCCACGCCGCUUGGGCUUCGCGACCACUUCGUGCUCCCCGCGGUCGACCUCGACGUGCUGCGGGCCGAGCGGCCCGACUUGUCCGCCCAGCUGCCGUCUUGGCGGAAGGCGUCGCCCCGGCUGGCCGUCUUAGCCAUGGGCUGGAAUUGGAGUCUCUUCUUCUGCCAGCAGAUGGUGGAGACGCAGGUCCUCCGCAGCGGGCUGGCGCGGGAGCGGCUGGCGCGCGACCAGCGCCCCACCCCUUCGCUCGAGGAGGGGCCCGCCGCGGCAGUCUACGUCGACGGGGCCGCCGUCAUCGGCCUCUACUACACGGGGGCCAUGGAGACGGCGCAGCGGGCGCGUGAGUCACUAGAGGCCGUUGGCCUAAGGUGCAAGGGGCUCGAGGGCCCGUGCGCGGAGGCUACCUUCACGGUCUUGGUGUUCGACGAGGCGAGGGGCCGCGUCGGGCUCAGCCGCUGGCGCAUGCGGCGCAUUCGCCUGAGCUUGCUGCACGUUGCCGACCGCGGGUCGGCCACUGGCGACGAGAUGCGGGUGCUCCUCGGCCACUUCACGUGGGGCGCGCUGGUGCGACGCGAGCUGCUGUCGAUCUUCUCGGCGACCUACCGUUUCGCGUCCUGGGCUGGCGGGCGGCGGCGCCGCUUGUGGAGCGCCGCGGAGGCCGAGCUCCGCAUCGCCGCUGCGCUCGUGGUGUUCAGCUACGUGGACUGCCGCCGCCAGCCCGACCCCGUGGCGCUGGCGACCGACGCCUGCGGGGCGACGGACGCCGACGCGGGAGGGUUCGGCGUGGUGAGCCGCGCCUGGGGCCCGCUGGACGUCGGCCGGGCGUGCUCGCAGGCAGAGCGGUGGCGCUACCGCGUGUCAGAGGCGGUGGCAGCUCGGGCGCGCGCUCUCGGGCUUUCGGAGCGCCUGCACGUUGCCGAUAGCCUGCCGCUGCCUGUGGGAGCCGACAAAAGUCCGAGUUCAUGCAGUCAGGGGUCUUGCAGUUUGGCCAAGUCUACACCUCUUGCGAGGACCCGGCACCCAGUCUCGGACUUCGAGCGGGCGUUCGGGGACAUGUACUCGGGGACCGUCUCGUUCGAGCAGACCACCUCGGAACACGUCGGCCCCCUCGAGUCGUGGCAGCUUCGGGCCAAGGGCAGGCUGCUCGUGCUGUGCGACAACUUGGGCCUCGUGCUGGCCCUGGGGAAAGGCCGGGCGGCCGCCCCCCGCGUGAACAAGACAUGCCGCGAGGUUGCCGCGCUAAGCAUCUUCGGGGACAUGUCGGUUACCUUUCGGCGGAUCCCCUCGGAGCUCAACCCGGCGGAUCGACCCUCUCGCAUGGCUGGUGCCUUGGCUCGAGACCCGCGGGCGGACCCGCGCAGCGCCUGCUUCGACCCCGCAGCGGCACCGCAGGCCGAUGCGCCUACUGCGCUGGCCGCGGCGGUGGACGAGGCGCUCCUGUGCGGCGAGCUCGACGGGCUGGGGCGGCCGCGGGUGGGCGUGGCGGGUCUGGGAGACGCCCUCCUGGACGACCCGCUACCCGGCGGCGCGGCGCGCCUGCAUGCUGAAGCGGCAGCCGGCGGCGACGCGCUGGGCGGGCAGCCUAGCACCCGGGAGCUCGCAGCCUGGGGAGGCUGGCCGGCUCCAGAGGACGAGGGCAGUUCGAGUUCGGACGCGGGCUCCGACGGCGGCGAGGGCGAGCAGCUGACGGCGCCGCAGGCGAGGGUGGCCGAGCGGAUCAGCCGCCGGGCGACCCGCCGCCGCUCUGCAGCGGCGCUCGCGGCGCCGGCCAGGCUGCCUGGCAGCAGCCGCUCGCUGGGCUUCUUGGAGAGCAGGCGCGUGACGGACAAGAGCCGCGACACGCUGGGCCGCGAGGUGGGGGCGUUCAGGGCGCGGUGCCUGGAGCAGCGGAAGGACGUGAGCUCGAGGGCGGCGCUCGACGAGACGCUCGUGAAGUACCUGGACUGCCUCUACUUCGACGGCUACAACCACGAGAGAGGCGACAAGCCGUUGUCGGGCCUGGCGUUCGAGGAGCCGAAGUUCAGGCAGGGCGGCGAGGAGGGCCUGGCGCGGGCCCGCGCUGCCCUCCAGGGCUUCCGCCGCCUGGCGCCUGGGCAGGCCAGGUUGCCGCUGCCGCGGCCGGAGUUUGCUGCGCUGCUGGGGGCCGGAGUCGUCACGACGGGCGUGGACUUCGGAUCAGCCUGGCGAUCGCGUGGGACGGAGGGCUGCAUGCGGCUGCCGAGCGACAUCGUGAGCCUGCAGGGGCCGACGGCCGGAGCAAAGCGGAGCACAAAGGACGAGGGGCUGCUGCUCGACUGGGUCUUCGCGAAGGGCAUCGAGUCCCAGCUCUGGCGGCUGAAGAGGGCAGCAGGAGACGGCGGCAGCUUGCGGGCGUUCACGGCCGCGGAGUUCAGGGCGGGCUUCAAGCGAGCGGCCGCCAUGAUCGGCCGGCCGGCCCUGCGCCCUUACCAGGUGGGGCACGGGGCAGCGAGCGACGACGCGCUGUACCGGAGGCGGUCUCUCGCCGAGAUCCAGGAGCGUUUGCGGCACGCGCGCCCCAAGAGCACGCUGAGGUACAAGAAGCACACUCGGUACCUCGCGGAGCUCGGGAAG